AAUCAGUCGGACCAGUUUAACUAGUCUCCGACGACUUGACCGGUACCCUCAGCUACUCUCUUUCUACACGACCAUGAGUUCCCACGAUAACGAGGAACUUAUUGAACUUCAUCAGGAUAAGCACGAUGUCAUCCCUAAUGGCACAGCUCUAGCUGUUACUGUCAACGAGGCAGCGGCGUCAGCAGCAGACGGCGAGGGCGACAACAACACUGAGAUGGAAAUUUCCGGCUUCAGGGAUUUCGUAUUGAGCCCUGAACUCCUGCAAGAGGUCAUAGACAAGGGCUUGGACUUUGAGGUUCCGACCGUAGCCCAACAUGAAUGCAGAGCUCGGGCUUUUCUAAGAAGGCACGGUCUCGGUCAGUCAGGACUCGGUAAGACGGCAAUUUUGCAUUUUAAUUACUAAGAUAACAUGUGGAAUAGAGCACUGAGAAGUUGUCAGAGUGACUUGGGAAAGGCUUCUCUGAUGGUCACCUUGUGGUCACCAACUCUUCAGGUACAUUGCAAAGACUUGCAUAUCUAGUGCUCCGUCGAAUUGGUACAACGUUGCUUGCAUUGUUGAUGUAUCAACUUCUUUGAAUGAGACAAAGUUGGCCUGCGGAACUCUCAACC